AUGUUCCUCCAGCAGAUCCUAGACGUUGACGAGAAGAAUCAGCUGAUCUCAGUGAAUGCCUGGCUCAGUUAUAGCUGGCAGGACUACAAACUCACAUGGGACCCUGCUAAGUACGACGGCAUUGAAAAUGUUCGAUUUCCUGGCACUGCUGAUCAUAUUUGGAAGCCAGACAUUCUCCUGUACAACAGUGCAGCUGAAGAUUUCGAUUCAACUUAUAAGAGUAAUUUACUGGUAUACGCAUCUGGUGACGUCAAUUGGAUUCCACCUGGUGUGCUAAAAUUCGUCUGUAAACUGGAUGUCACGUGUUCGACGGGUCACGCGAGAAGUCAUUCCGGUUCGUGGACGUCUUCAGAGACCGCCAGUGUCGACCUACAGAUUGCAGACGAAAAUACAAAAACGGAACUUCGACCACCAGCUUUACGCGAAGUGAAAUACUACAAAUGCUGUCCUGAACCAUAUCCUACAGUGAAGUAUUUCCUCCACUUGCGACGACGGACUCUAUAUUACGGUAAUUGUCUUCAAUCGAUCCUACCAUAUUGA